AUGUCUUCCCUACCAGGCGCCACGCCCUCGCGCCCUCUCGUCCAGAGGGUCGUCAAGUCCGUCACGACAAAGGAGGGUCUCAUUGGCACAUAUGACUACAAGGCUCUCUUCACACCUAACAUUCCCUUCAUCCGCCGCCGCGUGGUGAGCAGCCCCUUCUUCGGCCUGCACGACCGGAUGCCCCUUCUCUUGUCGACUCUGCUUGGAUUCCAACAUGCCCUGGCCAUGCUGGCGGGUGUCAUCACCCCUCCGCUAAUCCUGUCGGGCGAGGGCGGUGCCAACCUCGAACUUGGGCAGCAGCAGUACCUUGUCUCCACGGCCCUGAUCGUGUCUGGCAUCCUCUCUGCCGUGCAGAUCACGCGGUUCCACAUCUGGGGCACCCCUUACUACAUCGGCACGGGUCUCCUGUCUGUCGUGGGCGUCUCCUUUACCGUCAUCCCCAUCGCCCAGGGCGCCUUCUCGCAAAUGUACAGCAAUGGCUUCUGUCCUACCAUGGAUGACGGAACUCCUCUGCCUUGCCCCAAGGGCUAUGGCGCCAUCCUCGGCACCUGUGCCGUCUGUGCGCUUCUCGAGAUAGGACUCUCGUUCAUCCCACCGAAGUUCCUCCUCAAGAUGUUUCCGCCCAUCGUCACCGGACCGACUGUCAUGCUCAUUGGCGUCAAGCUCAUCCAGUCAGGCUUCAAGAACUGGAUGGGCGGCAGUGGCCUCUGCGCUUCCGAGUCCACCGCCACCGGCUUCUUCGCCAAGUGUCCCAACAUUGAGGCGCCCCAUGCCCUGCCCUGGGGAGCGCCCGAGUACCUGGGACUCGGCUUCUCCGUCUUCCUGACUAUCAUUCUCUGCGAGCGCUUCGGCAGCCCCAUCAUGAAGAGCACGAGCGUCGUCGUCGGCUUGCUGGUGGGUUGCAUCAUCGCUGCCGCGACAGGGUACUUUGACAAGUCGGGCAUCGACGCUGCACCGGCCGGGUCGUUCAUCUGGGUCGAGACAUUCCCACUAACAAUCUAUGCGCCGCUGGUCCUGCCUAUCAUGGCGCUGUACAUUAUCGUGGCGACCGAAGCUAUUGGCGACAUCACGGCGACCUGCGACGUCUCCCGACAGGAGGUCGACGGCGGCCUCUACGAGUCUAGGAUUCAGGGUGGUAUCCUGGCAGACGGUUUGGCCGGCUGCUUCGCCGCCUUGAUGACCAUCACGCCCAUGUCCUGCUUCGCCCAGAACAACGGCGUCAUUGCCCUGACGAGGUGUGCAAACCGGCGCGCCGGCUACAUGUGCUGCUUCUUCCUGAUCCUGAUGGGCGUCCUGGCCAAGUUCGCCGCGGCCCUGGUGGCCAUCCCCCCGGCCGUCCUCGGCGGCAUGACAACCUUUCUCUUCUGCGCCGUCACCGUGUCGGGCAUGUCCAUCGUCGCGCGACCCCACGACGCCUUCAACCGCCGGUCCCGCUUCAUCCUGACGGCCGGCCUGGCGCUCGGCUACGGCGCGACGCUGGUGCCCAACUACUUUAACAACGUCUUCUCCUACUCGGGCGACAACCGCGCGCUGCAGGGGUUCCUGGAUGCCAUCACCCUCGUCAUGAGCACCGGAUUUGCCGUCACCGCAUUUGUCUGCAUGAUCCUGAACAUGCUGUUGCCGGCCGAGAUCGAGGAGGAUCUCGAGGGCACCAUCAGCGAGAACAGUACGCAGGACGAGGUCGAGCCGCAGGGGGACAAGCAGGUUUGA